AAGAGAAAAAGAGCGAAAAUCGUCCGGAAAAAGAAAAAAGAGGCCAAAAUCACAUCCUAGGCCCUUUGCAGGAUCGUCAGAGGGCGGUGAGAAGAGAUGGCACGCAGCGUAUCAAGGUCGCCGUCGUACCGGCGGAGAUACUCUCCUCCAUCUCCGGCGAGGCACAGCCGGGGCAGCAGGCGCAGUCGAAGAGACCGAAGCCGCUCUCCCUAUUCCAAUUCUCACGCUCAGGCCACCAGAAGAAGAAGCCCGUCUAGUACCCCACGCCGCCGUAGAAGCCGUUCACCAGCUUUGAGAUCCCGUAAAAGUCGAUCACCAACUCCUAGGCGUCAUAGAAGGCAAAGAAGUAGGAGUUCUUCGUUGUCUGCUCUACCCAAGUCACGAAGUCCAAGUAUUUUGUCAAGUGACCGCAAAAAUGUGAUUGAAAGGUUAAGGAAAGAAGAAGAAGAAAAGAAAAGGCGUCAACAUGAAGCAGAGCUGAAAUUAUUAGAAGAGGAGACUGCAAGGAGACUAGAAGAGGCAAUUCGGAAAAGAGUUGAGGAAAAAAUGAAUUCAGAGGAAAUUAAGCUUGAAAUAGAGAAGCGGAUUGAAGAUGGACGGAAGAAACUGUUUGAUGAUGUUGAAGCUCAACUAGAAAAUGAAAAAGAAGCUGCUCUUAUUGAGGCAAGGAAGAAAGAGGAGCAAGCACGAAAGGAGAGAGAAGAACUGGAUAAAAUGCUCGAAGAGAAUAGGAGGAGGGUAGAAGAGUCUCAGAGGAGAGAAGCUCUGGAAUUACAGCGGAAAGAGGAGGAACGGUACCGAGAACUGGAGUUGAUUCAGAGGCAAAAAGAAGAGGCCGCUCGAAGAAAGAAGCUCGAGGAGGAGGAGCUACGUGCAAAUCAAAUUAAGUUAUUGGGUAAGAGAUAAAUCUUGGCCAGAGCUGGAAUCUUGGAACAGCUGUUUAGUCAUGUCCCGUUAGGGGAGAGAUUAAGGCUCUUGAUUAUUGUUAUUAGUUAUGAGUGUCGGAAGAGGCAGUUGAAGACAGCAUUGGCAAACAGGUUGAUUAGGCUUUUGAGGUCUAUUACUUGAAACUUUUCUUUUCAUUAAGGUGAAAAAUUUGGGGCUUUGAGUUUACUGCUUAGAGCUGCUGCUUAGUAUUUCAUUAAACAUGCUGUUCUGUAUGCACACAGGAUGAUGCAAUGUAAUGUUAUAUUGGUCAAGCAGACCUAUAUAAGCAGCUCUCCAGUCCACUUAAGUUGCAAGAUGGCAAUACGACUUGUGCUUAUCAGUCAGUUAUUCAAGGGGCAUGUUGCUGCAACUUCAGAAGCUAACGUUGCCAUACAACAAAUUCCAUUACUUAUCUGUAGGAGAGAUACAUGCAUGCAGGUCUCAACGUAUAUUGAUGAAGACGUGUGAUAUAAUACAAUUAUGAUUGUUGAUAAAUUCAUAUACAAUUGCUAUUGGCAUUUUUGUUUCA